AACGCGCAAAUCGUAGCAGUGACGCCAAGUAAUAAAUUGAAAUAAAUAUAAUAAUUUGGUUGAUAUCGACAGUAAAUAAGUUGAAAAUCAGUGUGCAAUGGCGCAUGUUCGCACGAAGCAUGCAACACGAAACCACUUGCCCAAUUUGAUGAUCAAUGUGCCCGAGGAGCACCAGGAGCCCAUCAAACAGAUGUGCCUGAAAAUGAUGUCCCACGAUGCCUAUGGAAGACCCUAUGAAUGGACUUCUCGCGACUUCGACAUGGGCGCUCCCCUGGGACGCGGUAAAUUCGGACGCGUUUAUUUGGCGCGCGAACGUCACUCGCAAUAUAUGGUUGCCAUGAAGGUGAUGUUUAAGGAGGAGCUGCGCAAGGGCAACGUGCAGCGUCAGGUGCUGCGUGAAAUUGAGAUACAGUCGCGCCUCAAGCAUCCCCAUAUACUGCGCCUGCUCACCUGGUUCCAUGAUGAAUCGCGCAUCUAUUUGGCACUGGAAAUCGCCUCUGAAGGGGAACUGUUCAAGCAUUUACGCACGGCCCCUAAUCAUCGAUUCGAUGAGCCACGUUCGGCCAAAUACACCUACCAGGUGGCCAAUGCACUCAACUAUUGCCAUCUCAACAAUGUCAUACAUCGCGAUCUGAAGCCAGAAAAUAUCCUUCUAACUGGCACUGAUGAUUUAAAGCUGGCGGACUUUGGUUGGUCCGCUCAUACGCCCAACAAUAAACGUAAGACGCUUUGCGGAACCUUGGACUAUCUGCCGCCUGAAAUGGUGGAUGGCAUGGCUUAUGAUGACUCUGUGGAUCAGUGGUGCUUGGGUAUAUUAUGCUACGAGUUUCUAGUGGGCAGUCCACCCUUUGAAUCCAACACCACCGAGAACACCUAUGAUAAAAUCAGGCGCGUCAAUAUACACUAUCCAUCUCACUUGUCAGCUGGCUCAAAGGAACUCAUCUCUGGCUUACUGCGUCGCCAGAAUCAAGGUAGGAUCAGCCUGGUGGAUGUUAUGACGCAUCCAUGGGUUAAGGAUGGGAUGAUUAAGCGUGCCGCACAGCUUGAACAGCGCAACCUCGAGAGGGGCAAAGAAAACUUGGCAAAGAAUUGAUUCAAAUAAUUUUGUUCUUUAAAUGUUCUAUUUUAAAUUAUAUUAAUAAACGUGUUAAGAAGUAAUAGAACUAG